AUGGAGUCCAUUGGAGAAGACCAUGGAAGUAUUCAAAUCUCGUCAGCAUCCCUUAAAGUCGGCUUCUACAAGUAUACUUGCCCUUCUGCUGAGACAAUUGUGAGGAAAGUUGUGAACAAGGCUGUGUCGCAGAAUCCUGGCAUGGCUGCUGGCCUCAUUAGGAUGCAUUUCCAUGACUGCUUUGUUAGGGGCUGUGAUGGCUCAGUCCUACUUGAUUCAACGCCUGGAAAUCCAUCGGAAAAGGAAAAUCCAGCAAAUAAUCCAAGCUUGAGAGGUUUUGAGGUGAUUGAUGCUGCAAAGGCUGAAAUUGAAGCUCAAUGCCCACAAACUGUGUCUUGUGCAGAUGUCCUUGCAUUUGCCGCACGCGACAGUGCCUACAAGGUUGGAGGAGUCAACUAUGCCGUGCCAUCAGGACGUCGCGAUGGAAGAGUAUCACUGAAAGAUGAGCCUUCCCUACACCUGCCUCCUCCUUUCUUCAAUGCCAAACAGCUUGAGGAUAAUUUUGCACGAAAAGGCCUCACUCUUGAUGAAAUGGUGACACUCUCUGGGGCACAUUCUAUAGGGGUGUCCCAUUGUUCUUCCUUCUCAAACCGCCUCUACUCUUUCAAUGCCACUCACCCUCAAGAUCCUUCAAUGGACCCUGAGUUUGCUAGAUACUUGAAAACCAAGUGUCCUCCACCAUCAAACACAGGCAGUGAUCCAACAGUGGCACUUGAGGUUCAGACACCCAAUAGGUUGGACAAUAAGUACUAUAAAGAUUUAAAGAACCACAGGGGCUUAUUGACAUCAGAUCAGACUCUUUUUGACAGCCCUUCAACAGCGAGGAUGGUGAAGAAUAAUGCAAGGUAUGGUGAAAAUUGGGGUAAUAAGUUUGCAGCAGCAAUGGUUCGAAUGGGCGCCAUUGAUGUUCUCACAGGGACCCAAGGCGAGAUCAGGAAGAACUGCAGAGUUGUGAACUAGAUAAUAUA